GAGAGUGAGAGAGUGUUUGGAUAAAAAGAAAGUCAAAGUUCUGCGAAAAUUUUAUUUAAUCAGUAAAAUUGACAUUUAAUAGUUGUAAAAACUGCUAAUAGCUUAACUUGAAUCCUUCUACCAUCAGAUAAACCCAAGGAGAGCAGCAGUAGAGAAUCGUCAAAGAAAAAACAGAUAUAAAGAACAUUUCAAAUCAGCUUAUGUUUCAAACAGUCUCAACUGAGUCUUCGUUUUGAUUUGUUCAUUGAUUUUUUUUAUUUAUUUAACUAAUUGAAGUAAUGGAAGAGGAUACAGAAUAUAAGAAAUUACCAGUUGAUGAACGUUGUGUUCAUAAACUAUGGAAAGCUCGUGUUGACGGAUAUGAAGAAGCAGCAAAGAAAUUCCGUGAGAUUGACGACGAGAAGUCGCCGGAAUGGAACAAAUAUCUUGGACUAAUAAAAAAGUUUGUUGUGGAUAGCAAUGCAGUGGCUCAAGAGAAAGGCCUUGAAGCUGCUCUUUUAUUUGUUGAAAACUGUGGAAUCGCUGGAAAGACUGUCGGUGAAGUCAUCAGUGGAAUUGUCACAAAAUGCCUUGGAGCACCAAAAGCAAAGACAAAGGAACUGGGCAUACAAAUUGCUUUGAUGUACAUCGAAAUUGAGAAACACGAAGUUGUCAUUGACGAACUCAUCAAAGGCUUCGACCAGAAAAAUCCUAAAAUUGUCGCAACAUGUGUGUCGACUGCGCUUCUUGCUUUACGCGAAUUUGGAGCAAAAGUCGUGAGCGUUAAGCCGCUUGUCAAAAAGAUUCCUGCACUACUCAGCGAUCGUGACAAGACAGUACGUGAUGAAUCUAAACAGUUGACAAUUGAAAUCUUCAGAUGGAUUGGACCAGUUUUUAAAACACAAAUUCAGUCGCUUCCUCAAGUUGUUCUGACUGAACUUGAAGCUGAAUUUGAGAAAGUGAAAAAUGAAAAAGCAAUUCCGACUCGAUAUCUACGAUCGCAACAACAAAAGCAAAUUCUCGAAGCUGUCGCAUCAAAUGACGUUGAAGGUGAUGAUGAAGGGGAUGAUGCUGAAAGUGGAGGAGUUGAAAUCGAUCCAAUGGAUCUCAUUGAUCCAGUUGACAUUCUAUCGAAGCUUCCAAAAGACUUUUACGAGAAACUCGAAGCAAAGAAAUGGCAGGAAAGAAAGGAAGCUCUCGAUGCUUUGGAUUCAUUAGUGCAGAAUCCGAAGCUUCAAACAGGCGACUAUGGUGACCUAGUGAGAGCAUUAAAGAAAGUUAUAACGAAAGACACAAAUGUGGUGCUUGUUGCCUUGGCUGGAAAAUGUCUUGCAAUGCUUGCGAAAGGAUUAUCGAAGAAAUUUCAACCUUAUGCUGUUGCAUGUAUUGGAGGAAUUCUCGAGAAGUUCAAGGAGAAGAAACCAAAUGUUGUGUCAGCAUUGCGUGAAGCUGUCGAUGCAAUUUAUCCGUCAACAAAUCUUGAAGCGAUCCAGGAAGAUAUUCUUGCCGCAUUAACAAACAAAAAUCCAAGCGUCAAGUCAGAAACUGCAAUGUUUCUUGCACGUUCAUUCACGAAAACAAUUCCAACAAUUCUCAACAAGAAACUUCUCAAAUCUUAUGUCACAGCUUUGUUGAAGACACUCAAUGAAUCAGAUCCAACUGUUCGCGAUGCAUCAGCAGAAGCGAUUGGAACAGCAAUGAAGCUUGUUGGUGAGAAGAACAUUGCGCCAUUCUUGACUGAAGUUGAUCCAUUAAAGAUGGAGAAGAUUAAAGAAUAUUGUGAGAAAGCAGUGAUAACAGUGAAAAUUCCUGCAGCAAAGAAAGAACCGCGACCGCAAACAGCACCUGCAAAGGCAGCUCCAAAAGGUGGAUCAAGUGAACCAAAACCAGUAGCUCGACCAGCAUCAGCAGCUGUUCAAAAGAAAGCACCAAUUAAGAAAUCAUCAUCAGGCAUUUCAAAGUCAGCAAGUUCAAAAAAUGUCUUGCCAAUGGAACGCGACAUGUCACAAGAAGAAGUUGAUGAGAUUGCAACGGAGAUUCUGCCUUCAGAUGUCAUCUCUGGUUUAGUUGAUACUAACUGGAAAACUCGUUUAUCAUCGAUUGAAUCAUUUCAACAAUUACUGUCGUCAUUUGAUGCUAAAUGCGGUCACACACAAGUCCUUGUGAGAGUUCUUGCUAAAAAACCUGGCCUCAAAGACACAAACUUCCAAGUUUUAAAGCUUCGUCUUGAUGCAGUCACACAAAUUGUUGAUAGCUUUGGAAUAUCAGUAACAAGUGCUGAUUACAUUGUCAAUGAUAUCACAGAAAAACUUGGCGAUCCUAAGAACAGCUCAUCUGCUGCUGCUGCUUUAUCAUCAAUCGCUGAAGCUAUCAAACUCGAAUAUGUUGUGUCGAAAGUCAUGACAUUUGCCUUCGAACAGAAAUCACCGAAAGUUCAACAAGAAUCACUGUUAUGGGUGAGUCAAGCGAUCAAAGAUUUUGGCUUUCAAAUAAAUCCAAAAUUGAUGAUUGACGAUGCUAAGAAAGGUGUCAAUAGCACAAAUCCAACAGUUCGACAAGCAACAAUUAACUUACUUGGAACAAUGUUUCUGUACAUGGGAAAUACUUUGAUGAUGUUCUUUGACAAUGAAAAGCCAGCAUUAAAGCAACAGAUUCAAAGUGAGUUCGAUAAGUUUGUUGGACAAAAGCCGCCGACUGCAACGCGUGGACCUCAAGCGAAUGGAAUGAAAACAUCAGGAGACGAUGACGAUGAUGAUGCUGGUGGUGACGAUGAUGGAUCACCAGUUGUAACAAUUAAUCCCAAUGAUCUUCUGCCACGCAUUGACAUUUCCCCAAUGAUUACUGAAUCAUUAAUUGCUGAAAUUAGUGACAAAAAUUGGAAGACACGCAACGAAGGUUUGGUGAAAUUUCAAGGAAUUCUCAACGAACAUAAACUCAUCAAAUCAAAUCUUGGUGAAUUGCCGCCUAUUCUUGCUCAACGUUUAAUUGACAGCAAUGCAAAGAUAGCACAAACAGCGGUUGAGAUUUGUCAACAAUUAGCAACAAGUAUGGGUCCGUCAUGUAAGCAACAUGUUCGAAUUCUCUUUCCUGGAAUCUUGCGUGGCCUUGGUGACAAUAAAGCUUAUCUUCGAUCAGCUUGCAUCACAUGUAUCAACACAUGGGGGGAUCAAUGUGGAUAUAAAGAAUUCUUUGAUGGAGAAAUGUUUGCUGAUGCUUUAAAGAGCGGAACGCCAUCAUUAAAAACUGAAGUUUGGGGAUGGAUGGCUGAGAAACUUCCAAAUAUGCCAACAAAAAGCAUCAACAAAGAAGAACUCAUUGCAUGUUUGCCGCAUCUUUAUGCAAACAUUUGUGAUCGUAAUGCUGAUGUAAGAAAGAAUGCAAAUGAAUGUGUGUUGGGAAUUAUGAUGCAUUUGGGAUAUGAUGCGAUGAUGAAAGCGAUGGAUAAACAAAAGCCAGCGACAAAGAAAGAUAUUCAAGCAGCUUUGGACAAAGCACGACCAAAUCUGCCAGUCAAACCUUUACCGAAAGGAAAACAACAAGCGCCAGUGAUGGAAGAGAAGAAAGUUAUGAAGUCAGCAAGUAGCAAAGCGAUUAAAGGUGGUGCUGGUGGUGGUUCAAAGCCAGGAUCAGCAAAUGCAAGUUCAAAUAAAAAGAAAGAAGAAGAUGUUGACUUGUCACCAUUAUUCCAAAUUAAUAAUUCAAAACAUCAACGAUUAUUAGAUGAACAAAAGAUGAAAGUUCUAAAAUGGAAUUUUACAACUCCACGUGAAGAGUUUACCGAUUUAUUGAAGGAACAAAUGAACAAUGCAAAUGUUAAUAAAAGUCUUAUGGCGAACAUGUUUCACGAUGAUUUUCGUUAUCAUUUGAAAGUGAUCGAAUCAUUGAUAGAAGAUUUGAAUGAAAAUUUCCAAGGACUUAUUUGUAAUCUUGAUUUGGUUCUUAAAUGGCUUUCAUUGAGAUUUUACGACACAAAUCCAUCAGUGUUGUUGAAAGGGUUGGAAUAUCUUAAUUUAGUAUUCCAAAGACUUGUUGAAGUCCAACACAGCUUAACAGAUGUUGAAGGAUCGAGUUUUAUUCCACAUUUGUUAACAAAAAUCGGUGAUCCAAAAGAUGCUGUUCGCAAUGGUGUUCGACAUCUUCUACGUCAAAUUUGUCAUGUUUAUUCAUUCUCCAAGGUGUUUGCUUAUGUCAUGGAUGCCUUGAAGUCGAAGAAUGCACGACAACGUACGGAAUGUCUUGAUGAGCUUGGAUAUCUAAUUGAAACAUAUAAUUUGAGUGUUUGUCAACCGACACCACAACAUGCACUCAAAGAAAUCGCACGACAAAUUAGUGAUCGCGAUAAUUCAGUUCGAUCUGCUGCACUUAAUUGUAUUGUCAAAGCACAUGAGCUUGCUGGCGAAAGAGUCUACAAAAUGAUUGGACAAUUGAACGAAAAGGAUUUAUCAAUGUUGGAUGAGAGAAUAAAAAGAAGUAAAAAGAGUCCAAAGCAAGCUGCUGAAUUGAAACCGUCACCAAGUCAUGUUGAGAUUGUCAAUGUUCCAAUAGAUCGUGAUGAUGAUCAACGAGAGCUUUCUGGUGAAGAAGAAUUACCAUCUGAAGAAGAUUCACAUCCAGUCACAAAUCGAAUGUAUGAGCAAGCAGCCCAAAAUGCACAGCGAUCUGUGUCAGGACCUUUCAAACUUAAUGCUGAGCUUAUUGCUGACAUUGAGAAAGAUUGGGUUCGAGCUGAUCAGAUCAAACAAACUCAACUUUCUCCACUUGAUUUGUCAUUUACUGAACAACCAAUUCGUUUAAUUCCAAGCAAUGGUGUAACAUAUCCGACUGAUCGUUUACAACAUCUUUUAUCAAAAAUUCCAACACGUCCACAAACAGCUAAUGUGUAUUCCGCUUCCAGUCUUCAACAUUAUUCGUCACCACCAACGAGACCUGCAACAGCACCAGCACCCGAACUUGUUAAUCUUAUGGAAACAUCGCCACGACUCGACACCAAACUUCUCAGCAUGAUUAAAGGUAUUGGACAUCCCGAUCGAUUGGUAUCGCAUGCUUCAUUGAAUGAGUUGUCUGAUAUUUUGGAAUCACAAGAGAAACAAGCAGUUUUACGUGAUUACGAUGAGAUUUACAUUCAAAGUGUUUUAGAACAAUUUAAGCAUCUUUCGCAACGUCCUGUAAUGGAAGCCGUCACACUUUACCAGCCACUUUUGAGCAGCCUUUUCAAUUUCUUCAAUUCAAAAACACUCGGUCAAAAUCUUAGCUUAGAAAGCAUUAAAAAUCUGAUUGCUGUGCUUCUGGGUUUGAUGUCAGAUCAUAAAUUUGGAGCUGGGGAAGAGUUUAUAAAAGUUAUCAACAGCAUUUGCUUGAAGAUACUUGACCGAUGUAGUUUCACACAUUUGAACUGUGCCCUUGUGAGACUUCUUAAAGAAACUUGUUCCGGAAGUGCCCUGCCAAAAUUCACCGAACUCUUGAUGAAGUGCAUUUGGCGUAAUGUUAAAUUAAUACCUGAACGUGUUGAUGAAUUGGAUUAUGAAGCUUUAUUGAUGGAAAUUCAUGAUUUUAUGCUGGCAUUACCAACACAAUGGUGGGCACAACGACCUUCUGAUACUCCAAUGAGAACGAUCAAAACAAUCAUUCAUAAUAUGACAAAGAUCAAAGGAGGCGCCAUCGUCCAACAUCUUAACAACAUUCCUAAGCACUCUGAACUUAACACUUAUGUGUUGAGAAUUCUUAAAAAAGAACAACCAACAGCUAACUCCAGUGAUCAUAACAAUCAACAAGGCAGUGUCUCUUCUCAACAAAGAUCUCAAGAUCGAAUGAAACGAACGACACAUGAUCAAGUAUCGAACAUCUUUAAACUGAUAUCUGAUAAAGAAACUUCACAACUUGGUCUUAAACAACUGAGUGAGUUUGUUGAAAAGCAUCCAGAAGUUGACAUUCAGCCGUUCCUUCGUGGUGCAAGUCCAUAUUUUCAAACCUACAUCAAUAAUGGACUUGCUGAACUCAAACAACUGUCACAAAAUAACACAAACAAUAAUCAAGACGAAGAUGAAGUGAACGGUGAUGAAAAUCAAGUUCGAAAUCAAGCUGUUGGUAACUCAAGUAAUGCUGACGUUUGGAUGCAAAAAUUGAACAUGUAUCGAGUACGAGGAAAGUUGCAGAAUGAUGAGAAUGAACCGAUGGAUAACAAAAUUGCAGAUGAGAAUUUGAAUCUUAAUCAAAUUCAAUCACGCCUAACAACUUUAACAAGAAAAGAUGUCGAUCAUAUUCCUGCACAACGUCUGUCGCUUCUUCAACAGAAGCUCGCACAGUACAAGCAGAAUUAAAAUUAUUUUUACUCGUCAUCUGUUAACAUCAACGUGGUGGUGAAAUCAAACUGCCAAUUCAACAAACCAUCAUCAAGACAUUAAUUUUAUUUUAAAUAUUUUCAAUCAUUUUCCUUUUUGUUUUGUUUUCAUUUCUACAUAUUUACAUCGAAUGCCAUAAAAAGUUUUGUUGAGAUCCGUUAAGUCAUUGAAAGUUUCAUGUUUGAAGUUAAAUUGUUGUUAAAGUGAAUCUUUCGUUUCUCAUUCUUAUUCGCUCUCUUAUCAAGAAAUCUUCAAAUUUUUAAUUCAUUUACUGUCAUUUUCAUGCAAUUAAACUUACUCCUAUUAACUCACUUACACCCAUGAUAGGGAUUAAAGAAAAGAGAUCAAUUUCACAGUUGAAACAUACAAGCAACUUCAAAAUUAAUGGAAAUAAAAAUAAUAAAAUAUUUCUUCAACUUAAUUUGUAUAAAUUGUUUGAGAUAACAAGAAAGCCAAGAACAUUACAUUAGAAGGAGUGAACAUUAAAAUGUAAUUACAUCAACUCAUCCAAGUCCUUUACUUAAUAAGAACUAUCAGUUUUCAAAGUAAAAAGUUUUCUUCCAAACCCACUGCAACGAAUUUCAAACCAGAGUUUAAAUUUUAUUUGAUAAGCUAAAUUUCGAUAGAAAAUUUAAACUCUGAUUGUAUUUCAAACAAGAAAAGUAGAGCAAGUCCCGAAAUCAAUAGAUAAAUGUAGACAAAAAUGAAAACAUGUAACCAGAUAAAGUUAAAAUUAAUAUUUUUAUAUAGUUAACUUGAAGUUCCCUGCUUGAAAAUUUUUAGAUAUGAAUUUGAGAUGAUUUUUUUUUCAGUUAUCAUCAGAAAUUAUUAACUAUUUGUAAAAGAAAACAAUUCUCACUAAUAAAUCGAAAUAAAUGUAUUAAAUAUUAAA